CAAGAGCUUUUGGUCCCAACUGGCUGUGCCUAUAGGCUUGUCACCGGGAGAACGCUUUCUGUUAAUUGCACUGCUCAAGUGACGGGACGGUGAGAGGAGGAGAGAGAGAGAGAGACAGAGAGAGAGAGGCAGAGUAAAAAAAAAAACAACUUUGAUUUAUAGAAGGGGUUGCUCAAAUGAUGGUCGCAGAGCGCAAAUGGAGUCGGUAGAACUUUCACUCCCCGAGUGUUUCUCUUUACACUCUGAACAAGAAAUGAAUGUAUCAAAGGCCCAAGUUAAUAGCGAAGAUAAGUACGCCAAAUGCGGCACGUGGAGAAUGCAACAGCAUUACGACGUCGAGGCGAGUCACAUGCGCGAUGCGCAUGCACUAUAUAACCAAAGCAGGCUGCUCUGCAGAAUGUCCAGCAAAGACCGCCACAUUGAGUCCAACUGCCCCUCCUACAUUAAGACUGAACCCUCUAGCCCUGCCUCGCUGACGGACAGCGUCAACCACCACAGCCCCGGCGGUUCUUCGGACGCCAGCGGCAGCUACAGCUCUGCCAUGAACGGCCACCAGAACGGCCUGGACUCACCAACUCUGUACGGGCCGGGUGGUGCGCUAGGCCCCAACGGAGCUGGUACCAAGCGCUACGAGGACUGCUCCAGCACCAUUGGCGAGGACUCGCAGAUCAAGUGUGAAUACAUGCUGAACUCCAUGCCCAAGCGCCUGUGCCUGGUUUGCGGCGACAUCGCCUCGGGCUACCACUACGGCGUGGCCUCCUGUGAGGCCUGCAAGGCCUUCUUCAAGAGGACCAUUCAAGGGAACAUCGAGUACAGUUGUCCCGCCACCAACGAAUGUGAGAUCACCAAGCGCCGACGGAAGUCCUGCCAAGCCUGCCGUUUCAUGAAGUGUCUAACCGUUGGGAUGAUGCGAGAAGGAGUGCGGCUGGACCGGGUGCGUGGCGGCAGACAGAAAUAUAAACGCCGGAUAGACGCAGAAAACAGCCCCUACCUGAACCCACAGCUGGCCCUGCCACCCAAAAAGCCAUUCCCCUUUGGCUGCCUUGCAGAUAACAAAAUUGUGUCGCACUUGCUGGUGGCCGAGCCUGAGAAGAUCUACGCCAUGCCGGACCCCACCGUACCGGACAGUGACAUCAAGGCUCUGACCACGCUCUGUGACCUGGCUGACCGCGAGCUAGUUGUCAACAUCGGCUGGGCUAAGCAUAUCCCAGGGUUCUCAACGCUGUCGCUGGCCGACCAGAUGAGCCUCCUACAGAGCGCCUGGAUGGAGAUAUUGAUCUUACGCGUGGUCUACCGGUCACUGCCGUUCGAGGACAAGUUGGUCUACGCUGAGGACUACAUCAUGGACGAGGACCAAUCCAAGCUGGCUGGCUUACUGGACCUGAACAAUGCCAUCCUGCAACUGGUGAAGAAGUACAAGAACAUGAAGCUGGAGAAAGAGGAGUUUGUCACUCUUAAAGCUAUAGCGCUCGCAAAUUCAGACUCCAUGCACAUAGAGGAUGUGGAUGCGGUGCAGAAGCUCCAGGAUGUUCUGCACGAGGCCCUGCAGGACUACGAGAGCAGCCAGCACGCGGAGGACCCACGCCGGGCCGGCAAGCUGCUCAUGACCCUGCCUCUGCUCCGGCAGACCUCUACCAAGGCUGUGCAGCACUUCUACAGUAUCAAACAGGACGGCAAGGUGCCCAUGCACAAACUCUUCCUGGAGCUGCUAGAGGCCAAGGUCUAGCUCAGUCCCUUACUUAGGCCA